AUGUUUGUUGCCCUCUCCUAUGAUGUUUGUUGCCCUAUCCUAUGUUCUGAUGUUUGUUGCCAUCUCAUAUGUUCUGAUGUUUGUUGUCCUCUCCUAUGUUCUGAUGUUUGUUUCCCUCUCAUAUGUUCUGAUGUUUGUUGUCAAAUUUCAGGUCCUGUUUCAAUAUGUCAACAUAUGUAA